CCCGAGGCGAAAAAGUAGCUGUCAAAUGCGCGGCUCCUUUAACCAGAGCGAUCAGUCCGGCUCGGAGAGUCAUGGCGACCACAGCGUCUAACCACUACAGCCUGCUCACCUCCAGCUCCUCCAUGGUGCAUGCGGAGCCGCCGGGGAGCAUGCAGCCGGGCGCCGGCUACAGGGAUGCACAGACGCUGGUGCAGGCGGACUACACGCUGCAGAGCAACGGGCACCCGCUCAGCCACGCUCACCAAUGGAUCACGGCGUUGUCCCACGGUGGGGGAGGCGGCGGCGGCGGGGACUCGCCCUGGUCCACCAGCCCCCUGGGCCAGCAGGACAUCAAGCCCUCGGUGGUGCAGUCCGGGGGCCGGGGGGACGAGCUGCAGCAGCACCAGCAGCAGCAGCAGCACCAGCAGCAGCAGGGGAGACCGCCCCACCUGGUGCAUCACGCCGGCAGCCACCACGCCGCCGCCGGGGCAUGGAGGACGGGCGCCUCGGCUCACCUGCCGCCCAGCAUGGCCUCCUCGAACGGGGGGCAAGCAGGGCUGCUCUACUCCCAGCCCCCGGGCUUCACGGUCAACGGGAUGCUGAGCUCCGGCCAGCCGGGCUUGCACCACCACGGCCUGAGGGAUGCCCACGAUGAGCAGCAGCAGCACCACGGCGGAGAGCACCCCGGGGGGCACCCGCAGCAGCACCCUCCGCACCAGCAGCAGCAGCACCCCGGGGGCGGCGGCGGGGGCCACCACGACCCCCACUCGGACGAGGACACGCCGACCUCGGACGACCUGGAGCAGUUCGCCAAGCAGUUCAAGCAGCGCCGGAUCAAACUGGGAUUUACCCAAGCGGACGUGGGCUUGGCCCUGGGCACCCUGUACGGGAACGUCUUCUCGCAGACCACCAUCUGCAGGUUCGAGGCCCUGCAGCUGAGCUUCAAGAACAUGUGCAAGCUGAAGCCUUUGUUGAACAAGUGGUUGGAGGAGGCGGACUCGUCCUCGGGCAGCCCCACCAGCAUAGACAAGAUCGCAGCCCAGGGGCGCAAGAGGAAAAAGCGCACCUCCAUCGAGGUGAGCGUCAAGGGAGCCCUGGAGAGCCACUUCCUCAAGUGCCCCAAGCCCUCUGCCCAGGAGAUCACCUCGCUGGCGGACAGCCUACAGCUGGAGAAAGAGGUGGUGCGAGUGUGGUUUUGUAACAGGAGACAGAAAGAGAAACGCAUGACUCCCCCGGGAGGGACUCUGCCCGGAGCCGAGGAUGUAUAUGGGGCAAGUAGGGACACUCCACCACACCACGGGGUGCAGACGCCUGUGCAGUGAACUCACAUGGGGGAUGGCGGGGGGAGGGGGGUAUUGACCCCCCCAAUUCCCACCCCUCCAACUUUUGAUCGUUCUUUUUUCUUUUUUUUUCUCUCUUUUUUUUUUUUUUUUUACGUUUUCUCCUAUCUUAAAAACAGAGAAAAAAAACUGCACUGGACUAUCCCGUAAACGGUAGCAGGUGAAAUGAUGUGUUUUGAUCUUUACAGGCGAGUGCCCAUGCAAUGGAGUGGAGUGAGUAUCACACACAAACAGACAUGAGACAGACAGAUACACGCACAGUGUCAGGCACUGAGAGAAAUAUUUCACAAAAACUAAAUUAAUUACGAAAAAAGAAUGGAAUCGACUCCGAGCCCUGCUAAACACAAAGGCAGCUUUAAUCUUGGAAUGAUGCUCAGUAUAGGCACAUGCUGCUGUGUUUAUUUGAUGUGGCUCCCCACUAGGAAUAAAACAAUGAAUCCCUUUUGAUGUAGACAGUAUUUAACCAUUUGAAUUUGCACUGCAAGAAAAUUGAAGUUUACAUUAACAAGUACAUUUUUUCCUACCUUGAUUUUGCAAAUGACUUGCAUUUCCCCCGAUGAGCGAUAGGCAACCAUUGACCAGCCUACAAAAUGUUACUGUUAUAGUCCUUGCUUUCUUUAUGUGUAUAUGUGAAUUUUUGUUAUAAACAAGUCUUCUUACA